GUUCAUAUUAAACGUAUCAUACUCAUCUCUGCAAGGAAAUGCGCCAUCGCUCGCAUUCGGCAGCGGCGACAGAGGGCGGCAGCGUCAAGUUCCUUCUGCGUAAGAGCACCCUUCAAGCAUUCUUGGCAGUAUGCUUGGUAGGUGUCGUGCUCGUGUACUUCGAAAUGUUCAAACUAUCGUCCGUCAUGUCCCAAGUGGGCAAUGCCAACUUCUUGGACAACCUCCGCCGGCACGAACGUAAUGAGACCCCAAAGCCCACCUUCGAUGAAUCUGCAUCUCCAUCGAUCGCGGUUAUGCUGACGCACUACCGCGACACGGACGAAUGCGUAUCGACGUUGCAAUCCCUUUAUUCCACUGCCCAAUACCCGGCCUCGCUCCACAUUUACAUUUUCGAAGAAGUCGUGCUUGGCUCAGACACCGACUCGACAUGCGUUCAACUGUUCUGCCAAACACAUUCUUCUCUUUGCGAUGCACAUGGCGCAACUCGAAUCCACCACAAGCGACGCCAUGCCGCCGACUACAAUGGUCCUGGUCCAGCACGUGCAGUGGUCGAGUCCAUGGUUGUUCCUUCCCGCCACGUGUACUACCUGUCCAUCACCACGCGCCUAGAGUUCACACCUCAUUGGGACGUCGCUCUCCUUGCGCAAUGGACUGCUAUCGGCAACCCCAAGGCCAUCCUCAGCUUUGCGCCGCCAGCCGUCCGCGCCAAGUCGUGGUCAGUGGACCCAUCCCAACAUGCGAUCCUGUGCACCGGUCGCAUCACGUCUGAGCGGUCGAACAUCGCGGUGGUGGCGUUCAACCCCCCCGUGUUGAUCCCCGAGCCCCGAGACCCCGACACCCCACGUUUGGUCGCGCAAUAUUCUGAGGAUUUCCACUUUGGCUCGAUAGCCGCCCUGACCGCCGCACCAUCCGACGCCAACGUUGAGUUUGUCUGGGAAGGUCUUGCUUACUACCGCGCCGUGCGGUGGUGGACCCGCGGCUACGACUUCUACUCGCCCUCAACUGACGUGGUGUGGGAAAGCUACACGCGUCGCGUGCAGCACCCCCUGCAUCCAUCCUCGACCCAUGCGACAAAGGAUCCUGCUAUGGCGAAGCUCCUAAUUCGACAGAAGAACAGCUACUUUCGCAUCCGACGUGUGCUUGGAUUCAACAUGGGCGAGCCCCCUAGCCCCGACGACGACAAGUACACUGUCGGCAGUGUCCGGACGAUGGGCCAGUGGGUAACGUUUAGCGGUCUCGACCACACGGCCGAGAAGGACGACGCCACCGACAAGCAGUUUCAAAAUUGCCACGCGUUAACGAGAGUGGUUCGCUGA